AUGACAUCAAUUACUUCUACAGUCUUCGUGUUUGUUCUGUCGUCCCUCACUUACUCCGUUACUGGUGUUUCGGAGAAGGAAGUGGCCGACAGGAUACUGACAGGCUACCAGAAAGAUGGUCGUCCUCUACAGAACCCAGCACAAGCCGUCUUAUUAUCAUUGGACGUGUCACAGUUACAGAUCAUCAAACUGAGGUGGAGGGACGACUUCCUAACUUGGAACCCUGCUGACUUCGGCAACAUUACAAGUAUCAGCCUCAAGAGUGAGGAAAUAUGGAGGCCAGUCCUUGUGAAUUACAACAGAGAGCAUGAAGACGGUUGGUCCGACACACCGGACACGAACGCCAUCGUGCGAAGCAACGGCGAAGUGCACUGGGCGUACCCGAUCACCAUCCACAGCACCUGUGUCCUGGACAUCGCCCGCUUUCCCUUCGACGUGCAGAGAUGCCUCUUGAAAUUCGGCUCCUGGGAAUACGACGAGACCACACUGAAACUAGUCAACUAUUCGGACACGGGGCGCACGAAUCGGUUCGUUGAGAACGGGGAAUGGACUCUCCUGUCGUUUGACCACAAAAUCAAUCAAGUAGAAUACUCCUGCUGUCCUGGUGUACUAUGGGACGACAUAACCUUCACCAUUACCCUCAAAAGGCGGUCAACGUACUUCAUAUUCUACAUACUGUCCCCAAGCGUGAUCCUAGCCUUUAUGGCUGUGUGUGGCUUUUGGCUGCCCCCACAUGCGGGUAGUAGAUUGUCGCUUUGUAUCACCCUAAUGCUGACUCUCAGCGUGUUUUUACAAGUGGUGAACGGGCAUCUACCAGACUCUGGUACAAGCAUCCCUCUGAUGAACGUAUUUUUCGGAGCGACCAUUAUUCUUGUCAGUGCAUCGUCUGCUCUGACAAUCUUCAUUCUGAGUCUACAUUUCAAGACCGGCUUUGACCCCCAGCCCGUUCCCGGUUGGCUGCGGUGCAUCUUCUGUCUCGGCCCACCGCCUCCAAACGUAGAGAGAACGGGAAGGAAAGUCAGGAUACUCAACCCGCCCGUACACAUUGAGCGUGUGGAAAGGCCUGCAUCGUUUGUGACUGACAGAGUGAAGGCAACAAUGCAACUUGUCCGCAGAGCUAGAAGGAUACUGCAACAGCUAAGAGAGGACUACGACAGGAAGAUCCGGAAAGAAAAGAUAGAGAAAGAGUGGAAAAUCUUGGCUGAAAAGAUAGACAAAUGUCUGUUGGUCGCAUUUUUCGUCUCUCUGGUUGUCAUAACUGGAAUAGAGAAAGAGUGGAAAAUCCUGGCUGAAAAGAUAGACAAAUGUCUUUUGGCCGCAUUUUUCGUCUCUUUGGUUGUCAUAACGGGGGUUUUUCUGGGACAAAAUAAGUAG